AUGUCUUCUGAUUUCUAUAUACGUUACUAUGUGGGUCACAAAGGCAAAUUUGGCCAUGAGUUUUUAGAGUUUGAAUUCCGCCCUGAUGGCAAAUUGAGGUACGCUAACAAUUCGAACUACAAAAAUGAUACUAUGAUUCGUAAAGAAGCAUACGUUCACCCAUGUGUUAUGGAAGAGCUAAAGAGGAUAAUAGUUGACUCUGAAAUAAUGCAUGAAGAUGACAGAUUGUGGCCACAACCAGACAGAGUUGGUAGACAGGAAUUGGAGAUAGUUAUAGGUGAAGAACACAUUUCAUUUACUACAUCCAAAACAGGAUCAUUAGUAGAUGUGAACCAGUCUCGUGAUCCAGAAGGUCUCCGUGGAUUCUACUACUUAGUUCAAGAUCUUAAAUGUCUGGUUUUCUCCCUAAUUGGUUUACAUUUUAAGAUCAAACCUAUAUAA